AAGUAUAGCACGGGAAGUUUGUGUGUAAGCCCGGCCGAUAGUGUUCUGAGAAGUAUGGGAACUGGGAACUGAGUAACGCAUUGCGUUGAUAACGUUUCCGAAUGGGUCCAACCAUAUGGACAUUCACCAUAUUUAAUAUGAUAUUUAAAAAAUUAUAAAGAUAAAAUAGAUAAAGUUUUUCCAAAACAGAUUUCGGUUUAUUGAGUAAACAUUUGUGGUCUAAUUAAUAAUAACAUUGGGGUUUGUGGUUCGCUCGCCACAGUACAAGUGGUCAUGAUUAAUUCAAGAUUUUUGGCAGCGGAAAUUUAAAUGCAAUAAUUUUGUAGAUAUAGUUGUUUUAGUUUUUUUUUUUUUUAUAGACAACAUUUGUUAUAAUCUUCUGGAACUUAAGUUUAAUGUCCUAGAUAUUUUUUUAAAUAUUUAAGCAAGCUUGGAUUUUGUAAACGAAAUCUUUUUCUAGUUGUUGAAUAAAUUAAAAAUCCACAACUUCUGGCAUAUUUCUUACUUUUAACUGUUUUAGAAAUUAGUUUUUGACAUGGAGGUGUUAAUAAACAAUAUCAGAAUUGAAUAUUUCCACUGCCAAAAUGAUAAAAUACUCCUAAUAUUCAUUUUCACAAUAUCAUCACAUGAGAGCACCCAUAAACCCACGUAGAGUAGACGCUAACAAUUGGGGUGGGCAGAUCCCGUUGAUGGCCCUGCGGGCAUCGCCGGUGAACCGGACGCCGUGGUCAUGGGCGAGCUGAACCACGUACUGAACCUCCGCUGCAUGGCCUAUGGUUUCCCGCAACCAUCAAUCUUCUGGCACCGUGGACUUUACGGCCCCAUGGUACCCUACAGCAGUUCCCUUUACGAGGCCCGAGGAAAUGUACUCCAGAUACGAAGUCUUGAUCUUGACACUUUGGGAGACUACGCGUGUCAAGCGUACAAUGGCAUAGGAAAGCCUGCAUCAUGGUCCGUCGUAGUGAAGGCGUACAGACCUGAAGGCGACAAGUCCGAAAACCCGUAUCUGAUAGACCGACAAGAGACGGUGUUGAUAACGCCAAAGGAAACGGCUACUGAAUCGACGACCACGAUAGCUCCGGAAAUAGAAGUACCAGUGUAUACCGUGCCGGUGACGACGCGCAUCCUCUCGGUACAAACGACGAUAGCUGCGGGCGCGGAGUUAUCGUUGCCCUGUGAGGUGGACGGCUUCCCCGAGCCUGACGUCUACUGGACCAAGGAUGGAGUGCCCCUGUCCUCCAGCGAUCGAAUGCAGAUUACUGAAGCGCGUCUCACGAUCCCGUCAGUGAACAUCAACGAUAGCGGGGUGUACGGCUGCCACGCCAGGAACCGCUUCAGUUCGCACUCCUCCACUGUGCAGAUCAACGUCGAAGGUCUGUACAUCCCGCCGAGGUGCACGGAUAACCCAUUCUUCGCGAACUGCCACUUGAUAGUGCGAGGCAAAUUCUGCACACACAGAUACUAUUCCAAGUUCUGUUGCAAAUCAUGCGCGGAAGCUGGUCUCCUGAACCCGCAGUUCCUGGAAAUGCAAGCCGAUGAGUCUUGGAAGAAAAAGAAGAAAUAGUUACCUUUAAGUAACUUAUGUAACGACGGCCAAAGGUCAUGACCGAUCUACUAAGAAAUCAUUACGAACUGAUGCUGUAAACAAGAAUAUUUAGAUAGAUUGGCAAUGCGAUAUGCAUUGUGUGGUCAUGUGUCAGAAAUCUAUAUUUUUUAAUGUUUUCGAUGUUGUACUUUAGUAACGUGAAAGUUUGAGUAAAUGUGAAUUAUUAGUAUUAAUUUUUAUACACUUAAAACUGUCUGAAAUAUCAACGUUAAAGAUUUAGUACAAAAAUUAUAGUUUAUAAAUAUAUCGGUCAAGUGCUCCUUUGGCUUUAGAUAAGUAAUCACAAUACAAUGUGCCAUAACCCCACGCUUUAGAAUCAACUGUUUUGAUCUACAAUGAAACAAUUUCAACGUAGCUUGACUACGCACAAUAUAACAGAGAAGACAGAUAUAUGCACUCAUAUAACUAAAACACGAUAAUACCAAUAGAUUUAGAUAGGGAUAAUUUAAUGUUUAUGUAAAUAAUUUCUCCAUCUGUGAUGGCAAGGAAUACCUACUAAUUUCUAUUAUACUUUGUUAGUCAGAGCGUUAGUUAAUGGAUUUUUCUUAUCGACUCGAAAAAAUGAUAGUUUUAAAGUACAUUAAUCAAUAUAAAAAUGAGAUAAUUAACACGUUCAGUCUAUCCUUGCGACAAGUCGUAUAUGACUUAUGAUCUUCUAUCUUCUUCGUAAUUAAAAUAAAUAUGAUGAUUGAAAAGUGAAGAAAAAUAUAAUGGAGCUUCAUAUGCGUUAUAAAAUAUAAUUUUGAUUAUGAAUAAAAUGCAUUUUCACUAGUGUGACUAGAGAGACUAGUGUCUCUAUCUCUACAUAAAUAUUUAACAAUGCGCUAAAAGAGCGAUCUCCAAUAAUCACAACAUUCAAUGUCAUUAAUGUAUCAGAUCACUUCUCAGAUCACACUUUAGUUUUAAUUUCCAAAUAUAUUACAUUACAAAUAAACUACAGACACGUUAACUAUAUAACUUUGUAAUUUAAUGUAUUAUUAUAUGACAUAUUGAUCAUACUUUGAAACAUCAUUGCUCGGAAAUAAAAGUGCAGAAACCGAUAAUCGAACGUCGAUCAGGAGUCUUGGGGUCUAUUCCGUAAGUUAUUUAUUACAUAAGGUGUCAAAAUGGAAUGCUUCGUAUCUCUAAGUGUAGCUAAAGCUAAUUUACAAGUUAUUGUGAGUCAUAGUAAUAUGUUUAAGUGGAAAUUUUAUAAUGUGACAGUGUAAAUAGAUGAACAAUAAAGUGCGUAUUAUUUGA